GUAUGUUCAGAGCGAUAGCCUCCAAGGAACACUGAGACAAAACACAACUACCCUUGAGGUGUUACACUUUCUCCUGACAUCCAGGACCACAAGACACUUGAAACCUUGCUCAAGAGAACUUUAUAUUAUCAGCUUUCUCUUGCUAGGUUUGUGGAUUUUUUUUGUGUGGUGGUGUUAAAGAAGAACACACUUAAGGAGGUUACACUUGGAAAAUCAACUUUUUUUUUUGACACCAUGGCACUUCGACAGAACUCUGACAAGGAGCCAAACAUCGAGUUGUUCAUUAAGGCUGGACAUGAUGGUGAGAACGUGGGGAACUGCCCCUUCUGUCAGAGGCUCUUCAUGGUUUUGUGGCUGAAGGGAGUCAAGUUUACAGUCACCACUGUUGAUAUGAGGAAGAAGCCAGCGGAGCUCAAAGACCUGGCCCCUGGCACCAACCCUCCUUUCCUCCUCUACGACGGCACGCUCAAAACAGACUUCAUCAAAAUCGAGGAAUUUCUUGAACAAACACUGGCUCCCCCCAGGUAUCCUCACCUCAGCCCGCUGAACAAAGAGUCCUUUGAUGUGGGUGCUGACAUUUUUGCAAAGUUCUCUGCUUUCAUCAAGAACAGUCCAAAUAACACAUUCCAUGAGAAAAACCUGCUCCGUGAGUUUAAGCGCCUGGAUGACUACCUGAACUCCCCGCUCCCCGAGGAGAUUGACCACAACUCCACAGAAACCGCCGCCACCUCCAGCAGAAAGUUCCUGGACGGCAAUCGCCUCACCUUAGCUGACUGCAAUCUGCUACCCAAACUGCACGUUAUCAGGGUUGCUGCCAAGAAGUACUGCGACUUUGAGAUUCCCGCACAGUUGACGGGUGUGUGGCGAUACCUUCAGAACGCUGGCGAGAGAGAGGAGUUUAAAGAGACGUGUCCAGCUGACAUUGAGAUUGAGAAGGCUUACUUAAGCGUGGCCAAACAGAGGAAAUAAACACGUGAUUCCCUGUGAUUAUGUCCUGUUUUUAUCCAAUGUAACCAUGCAUGUAAAGAUACUGACAUGUAGAGGGCAACAUAACCUACGAAAACUAACCGGGGCAAUAAAUCAGACACUAUUCUGCCUUAAAAUCCUUACUUGUUGAUGCAGUAAGAGUUAAGUAAUCAUCAUGAAGCACAAUGUUGCGGUGAUUGUGUAUAUUAAAUCUCAUUAUCAGAUAAGCGGUGUCUUUCUGAAGGCCAUAUGUGCAAUUGACUGUUUUUGUCUAUAAUGUAAAUAUAUAUAAAUAUAUUUUCCAUGCUUUUUAUAAUCAAAACACCCUUAUAAAAAUAUGUACGAUUGUUGUGUUAGUGUGAAUUACAGCUGAAAAACUUACAUGAAAAACAACAGUACAUUUUAUACAAAAGUAAUUUUUUGUAUUCCACCAUUUAAAACAAAGGUUGAUAUGAUUGCAUUUUCUCACUCUCACACAAAUUAAAAAUGUCAAGUUCA